AUGUCUGGAAAUCCCUACUUUAAGUCUGUCCUGUGGCUAAUAGGUUUCGGUGGCAUGGGUUAUGGCCUGAUGCUGCUCACCGAACCGAACGCCGAGAAAAUAGACCGCAUCAAGGCCUCUGCUUCUGGGUCUAAACUUACUGCAGAUGAACAGAAAAAGGCUUUGUUUAUGAAGAAACUACAGGAAGCAGCCACCACCAGUACCCCGUUGUAUAGACCACAGCCGCAGGGCGACAAAAAAGAUAGUUAGGGAUUUUUCUUAUGUGUUUUGCAAUUUGUUACGCUUUAAAAUAUACAUUUUAAGCAUUUAA